GGGGCCUGACGGGAGUUGUAGUUCUUUGCCCCGAGGUUAAAGGCGGAGUGGAGCGGAGCGCGGGCGUCGCCGUCGCCGAGGGCCAGGGCAGGUGAGGUCACUGAGGCCCAGAGAAGUGAAGUGACUUGCCCAGAGUCACACAGCUGACUCAGAUUCUGAUGCUGGUACAGGUGCGACGGACUUUCCUAAGCGCUCUGAGCUGGAGCCGGAGGCGAAGCGUGUCGGUGCAGCCCUCCAGAGGCAUGAGACUGGUCCAGUUUCAGGCCCCUCACGUCCCGGGGACCCGCCUGGGGCUGGAGGAAGCCAACGGCGGAGGAGUCAUCGACCUCAACGCCUUUGACCCCAGUCUGCCCAAGACCAUGCGAGAGUUCCUGGAACAGGGAGAAGCCGCGCUGUCCGUGGCAAAGAGGGCCCAGGAGUCCGGGCAGCCGGCCCUGAAGCGGUCCGGCGUCACCCUCCUGUCGCCCAUCACCCGGCCGGACAAGGUGGUGUGUGUGGGCUUGAACUAUGUGGACCACUGCCAGGAGCAGAACGUGCCCGUGCCCACAGAGCCCAUCAUCUUCAGCAAGUUCCCCAGCUCCAUCGUGGGCCCCUACGACGACAUCGUGCUGCCCCCGCUGAGCACGGAGGUGGACUGGGAGGUGGAACUGGCCUUCGUGAUUGGGAAGGAAGGGAAGAACAUAAAGGCCGCGGAUGCCAUGAGUCACGUGGCCGGCUUCACGGUGGCCCACGACGUGAGCUCCCGGGACUGGCAGAUGAAGCGCAACGGGAAGCAGUGGCUGCUGGGAAAGACCUUUGACACUUUCUGCCCCCUGGGCCCCGCUCUGGUGACCAAGGACAGCGUAGCAGAUCCUCACAAUCUCAGCAUCCAGUGCCGGGUCAACGAGGAGCUGGUCCAGAACAGCAACACCAAGCAGAUGGUGUUCAAGACCGAGGCUCUGGUCGCCUGGGUCUCUCAGUUCGUGACCCUGUAUCCUGGGGAUGUCUUCCUGACCGGGACACCUCCGGGCGUUGGUGUCUUCAGGAAGCCGCCUGUCUUCCUCAAGAAGGGAGACAGGGUCCGGUGUGAGAUUGAAGGGCUGGGGACCAUUGUCAACAACGUGGUGUGAAGGGCUGGAGGACGGGACCGAGGACGGUGCCGGCGGGCCAGCUACCUUUGCAGGGGUUUUAAACAGCUGGACACUGCCCACUCCGGACUGAUCACCACCCCGGCAAUCCCCAAUCAAGCUCAAUGGAAGAGAAUAAAUUCUUUUAAUACGGUCA